AUGGCUUCUCAAGAUGAUGCCCGCAGAAAUCGCAUCGUGUCGCACAUGAACAAGGAUCACACCAGGGAAAUCUCCUACUAUCUCCGUCACUAUGCCCGCCUUUCUGCCUCGGCUGCUUCUGACCCAGUCCUGACGGAUAUCGAUCUCAAUGGCAUGACCAUCAAGUCAAACGACGGAAAGGAGCAUAUCGUUCCCUUCACACCUCCCCUCUCCAGCUGGGCAGAGGUCAAAGAGCGCAUCAUCGAAAUGGCCAACACCGCCCGCGAGGCACUGGGUCUUAGCGACGUCAUCGUCACAGCCUACACACCACCAGAAGGCUUCGGAAUUGUCGUUACAGGCUCUGUUCUCUUUUACUUCUUCUGCGCGGCUUCAUUGCCGUGGAUCCAACCUGGUUCGCGCCCCUGGGAGCUGUUGAAUGAGAGCUUUCCCGGUGGAGCCACCUUCUUCCACUGGCUGGUCAAGGCUAUCUUCUACCCUGUGAUUGGGAUCCACGUUGUUGAGUGUUUCUUCUUCGACAGAAAGUUGCAGAGACAUGGGGUCGAGAGACUUUCAGGACAGUGGUGGCUUUGGAUCGUCAACUGCUUUUUCGAGGGAUUCCCAGCUUUCAAGCGCGUGGACGGCAUUGUGGCUCGAAAGCAGGAGAAGAGUGGAAAGGCGCAGUGA